AUGACACAGACUCUUUGCAAUGACAACGAGCCUUGCCAACCACCACCGACGCUCGCAGCAUCCUAUCAACAACACGAAAACCUUGCCUCCGAUGCCACUCUUCAAAGUCAAUUGUCAGCAUUAGACGAGCGUGCCAUUCGUUGGACUCGGUGUGCCAAGUUUGAAUGGGCUCUUCGCGACACAGCCACAAUGCAACAGCUGUUGCCAUCGUCAGCACGAGGCUAUUUACGUGCAGCCUGGAUCUAUAGUCAACAAGGAAAACAACGUGAUGCUAUAGCGAUAUGUCAAAAGGGACUACGAUUCGGCGUGGUCGAUGAUCCUGAUUAUCACAAGCUCGAACAAGCUAUGAUGGAUGCCAUGCAACAAGACAACAAACGUAUCGAUUUUAUCAGCCAACUGCCAGUGGAUAUUGUGGUGACAAUGCUUGUUCCCAUGUUUAUGAAUGGUGUCAUUUCUCAUGCAGCAACGCCAUGUCCGUAUCUGUACGUGUCGCGUAGGUGGCGUGACCUUGUGAUCAAAGGCUGUGGAGGAUUAAGCUUUGGGAUUGGAUAUGGUCAAGGAUGCGAAGGGAAAGCAUUUGAGCAAGUUGUUCAGUUUGCUCAACAUACAACCGCACUCUACGUCAACACAUGUACCCAAGGAACGUGUUUGGGCGAAUUAUUACGUUAUGGCGACUUGCGUUCUUUGGAGAGGCUCAUCAUCAAAUCAUUCAAGGUGGGACUCGUCAAGCAUUUCGCUUCUUCAUUGCAAGCUGUCAGCACUACAUUGACCCAUUUUUCGGUGCACAUUGAUCGUGCCUAUCGAUUCUCCUUGGCGGAUGUUGUCUCCAACUGUACCACCUUGGUCUCCUUGAAGAUGGUCAAUCCUUAUGAUACCAACUGCGAUUCGUUACCGAUAGUAGCAGCAACCUACCCUACAUUAAAGACAUUACGUUUGAUGCAAGCCAUAAAGGAUAUUACACAUGGCAACGUACUGGGGAUUUUGAAACGGUUUCCAUCACUCCAACAACUUGAGCUUGACCCAUGCCCUCAUAUGCAGUCCAUCUUCGACAUUCCAAAACAUUAUCCUUGGAUGCAAAGCCUUGAUCUCUUUUAUGAUGACGAGAGGAUGGAAAUAAAGGCUGAGGGGUUUGACACAGAGCGUGCGGAUAAGGGCAUCUCCAAACUUUGUAUUGGGAGCUUCGAAUGGGAGAAUGAUAUUUGCAAUGACAUGGCACGCGUAUUAAAGCAGCAUCACCAUACACUUGUUGACGUGGAGUUGAAAUUGAAAGGCGACAUCCAUGAUGGCGAUGCACUUUACACCAUAAGCUACCCUUGUCUGAAACGUCUUUCUCUAAGCUUUAUUUCCGACAUGAAUCCUUGUUUUGGUUGGUGGAUACCAAGUAAAGCACCUGCACUUGAAGAAUUGUGCAUGAUGACUUCCGUGGUCAGAACGCAUCCCGCUAUACUAGGCACCAAACCACCGAAUCUCAAAAGACUAGUUAUGCGGCUUGGAAAAUUAAGCAGUAGUGAAGAAGCAGCCAUCGCAAGCUAUAUCAACUAUUAUGCUCGGCAAAAGGAGCGAUCGCGCUUGAGGGAUUUAGAGAUCCAUCUCUAUUGUGAAGAUUUUUCACUCAUCCAUGAAGCUAUCUGCCGUCUGAAUCAUCUACAACGCCUGAUGAUCGGAUUUCCUUUGGAAUGGGAUACAUCAAACAUGGAUCGAUUCGUAAAGAAACUUGUAAAUGGGUGUCCUCAUAUCGUAUUCCUUGACAUCAAUUACAAAAAAGCCCUAUCUAUCGAUUCACUCAACCUCCUAAAACAAUUGGACUCUCUUGAAGAGUUGGUGCUUUCCAUCGAGGGUAUGCAAGGCUGCACUGAUUUCUGGGAGGCGCUUCAAUCAUUUUCACCAUUGUCAUUAAAGUGUAUUCAAAUGUUCCCUAAAUCUGCACUGGAUCCGGUGGACCUUGAUCGUUUCAAAGCUACAAGACCUGAUCUCAAGAUUGUGGUGAAAAACUACGGCACGUUAGGUUGGGGUUGA